UCUCUCACAGUUUUCAAGAAACCCCACCGGAGAUUCACAACUUGCCGUCACACGGCGGCGGCGACACCAACAUGAAGCCUGUAACAAACCCAGCAAUGGGUUUCACCGAAAACCACUCCCUGACCUACCUAGACACCGGCAAUCCUUGCCUGGACUUGUUCUUCCAUGUGGUACCCGACACGGAUUCCAAGUCUCUGAUCAAGCAUUUGUUCAAAUCUUGGGAUCACAAUCCGGUGACCACCCUCAAGCUCAUAUGCAACCUGCGAGGCGUCCGUGGCACCGGAAAGACCGAUAAGGAGAAUUUCUACAAGGCCGCCCUCUGGCUCCACCAAUACCACCCCAAAACCCUAGCCUACAAUGUGGGUGUUUUCGCCGAAUUCGGAUACUUCAAGGACUUGCCGGAGAUCCUCUUCCGCCUCCUCGAGGGGCCCAAAGUCCGGUCCAUCGCGAAAACCGAGUGGGAGACAAAGAAGAACAAGAAAGGCAAAGGGGAGGCCAGAAGAAUAUAUUUUCUUGGAAAAAGGAAGCGAACUGAUGAUGAGGGGAUGGGAAUGAGAAGUGGAAGGGGAAAGGGAAGGGAAAGACGGAAGGAGAGGAAACGAGAGAAGAAAAACAAGAGGAAAUUCAGGGCUAGAGUGCCGAGGGAAGAAAGAAUUCAGGCAAACAUGGAGAAAGUGAACGACGAGAGAGAGAAGGCUAAGGUUUUGAGGAAGGAGAGAGAGCUUGCCAAGGCCAAGAAGGCCUUGGACAGCUACACUGAUGACCAAGACUACCGGUUCUUGCAUGACAAGAUCGCUGAGCUCUUCGCGGAGCGUUUGAAGUUGGACCUCAAGUGUUUGAACAAUGGAAUGAUGAACAAGAUCAGUUUGGCAGCCAAAUGGUGUCCUUCCAUCGAUUCUUCGUAUGACAAGUCCACUCUCAUAUGCAGAAGCAUUGCGAGAAGGGUUUUUCUUCGCGAGGAUUACGAAGAGUACAGAGGAAUCAAAGAAGGUCAGUAUGUAUAUCAAGUCAGAGACCGAUUGAGGAAGGAAGUGCUCGUGCCUCUUCGUAAGGCUUUGGAGUUACCAGAAGUCUAUAUGAGUGCAAAACAAUGGAACACACUCCCAUACCAUAGAAUUUCUUCAGUGGCAAUGAAGAACUACAAGGACAUAUAUUUGCAACGCGACAACAAGAGGUUUAAAGGGUACCUUGAGGAUGUCAAAACCGGCAAGGUGAAAAUCUCAGCAGGAGCAUUGCUUCCCCAUGAGAUUAUAUCCUCUUUGAGGGACCAAGAUGGUGGAAAAGUUGCAGAGCUUCAGUGGGCUAGAAUGGUAGAGGACCUUGCAGAGAAAGGGAAGCUGAGAAAUUGCAUUGCUGUGUGUGAUGUAUCGGGAAGUAUGCACGGUACUCCAAUGGAGGUUUGUGUGGCUAUGGGAUUGUUGAUUUCGGAGCUCAGCGAAUAUCCAUGGAAAGGGAAAGUGAUCACAUUCAGUGAAAAUCCUCAGCUUCAUAGAAUUAGAGGAUUCAGUCUUGAAACGAAGACUAAAUUUGUGAGGGAAAUGGAUUGGGGCUCGAACACCGACUUCCAGAAAGUUUUUGAUAGGAUAUUGGAAGUGGCUGUUAAAGGAAAGUUGAGUGAUGAGCAGAUGAUAGAGAAGAUCUUCGUAUUUAGUGAUAUGGAAUUUGAUCAGGCUUCGAAUCACCACAGUGGAUAUGGUUAUUCAGGGUCGGAAUACCUCUCAUAUUCCAACUCAUAUAUUGAAGAUUCAGAAUCCUAUUCAGAACCCUCCUCAUAUAGUGAUUAUUCAGAUAGUGAGAUUGAGAAGAAUCGUAGGCAUAGGAGAAGAUCUACCUUAAGAGAAAAUAAGAAGGAAGCACGGCCGAAAGGUUGGGAGACAGAUUAUGAAGUGAUACAGAGGAAAUUUAGGGAAGAAGGAUUCAACAAGGUGCCGGAGAUCGUGUUCUGGAACCUGAGGCACUCCUCAGCUACUCCAGUUACAGCCAAACAGAGUGGUGUGGCCCUGGUAAGUGGCUUUUCGAAGAAUAUGGUGACUAUGUUCUUGGAGGAAGAUGUGGUUGUCAACCCAGAGGCUGUGAUGGAAAAAGCCAUCUCUGGUGAACUAUACCAGAAACUCCUCGCAUAUGAUUGAAUGAAGUGUCUCUCAGCAUAUAAUUUUUAGUUCUCUGAUAGUUCCCUGUUACUAGUAUUAUUCUGAGUUUUACUAUCUUUGCUACAAUUACUCAAAUUAGGUACAUGCUUGGUUUAGAUGGAGAUUAAUGGCCAUAUAUAUUGAUCCCAUAUAAUCAAUAGUUAAAUACAAAUUUCAGUGUUCUGGCAUCGUUGUCAUUAAAUUCUCAAUAAUUGAUUUUGGAUUAUUGAGUUCUGAUUUCUUGAUGUUUUGAACAAUCAGUUUCAUGAUUUACUUUAAUUUCUUAUUCUCAUACCUUUAUUGUUACAAGUAAGCUAUAUUAUUGCAUCAUUAGUUCUAAUUAGAAAAAAAAAAAAAAAAAGAAAAGAAGGAAGAA